GCAACCAGUUGCGAUUGUAUUGUUUGUUGUCUAUACUAUUAGUUAUAGAUAUGUGUUUAACUGUGUGACUAAAGUGAUUUUACUGUUUAGAAAAUGGACGACAAGAACAAACUUAUUAAUGUCGAUAGUGAUUCAAGCUCUAGUGAUGAUGACGAGCAACUAUUAACAAAGAAACCGCCCCCCUCUUUACCUGCUUCGCACUCCAAUGAAACGGAAGCUUCGACAAGUCGAAAUCAGCCACAAGUUUCUGAAAACGGGACUUUUGACACUAGCAUAGAUGUACCACCCCUAAUAGGCAUUACUGCUGACGCUCCAAAUGAUGUGACGACGCUACAAAACGGGAGCCACAAUGUGGAGCAGAGUCCUGAACCUGUAUUCCAUAUCCGAUCACGUACAUCGGCAGCGCAAAUUAAUAAAAUACAAUACGAGAGUCUAGACUAUGAUGUUUGCGAUAACGCCUUGUUCCAGGAUGAGCAACGCCAGCGAUUACAGGAUCGCUUCUCACUGCGCACAAAUGUCAUCCGCUGGAUUAUCUUCAUACUCAUUGGCAUCAUGACAGCGCUAAUUGCCUGCACCAUAGAUAUUGUCAUUGAGGAAUUGUCAGAAUUGAAGUACAUGUUUCUGAAGUCAUCUGUGGACAACAAUGUGCCCAUAUCGGACAGGGAAGGCGGGGAUCUGGCAUUACCGUUCCUCUGGUGGAUUCUGCUUAGCAUUGUACCGGUGGCCAUUGGCGCCAGCAUGGUGACGUUUAUUGAACCCAUUACAGCUGGCAGCGGUAUUCCACAGGUGAAGAGCUAUCUGAAUGGAGUCAAGGUGCCGCGAAUUGUGCGCAUCAAGACGCUGGCCGUGAAGUCCAUUGGUGUCAUCACCUCCGUGGUGGGCGGAUUGGCUGGUGGCAAGGAGGGACCCAUGAUUCAUGCCGGUGCCGUGGUAGCAGCGGGAAUUUCACAGGGAAAGAGCACAACGUUCGUCAAGGAUUUCCGCAUCUUUAAAGCGUUUCGCGAUGACCACGAGAAACGUGACUUUGUCUUGGGCGGCGCAGCGGCAGGCGUUUCGGCUGCUUUCGGCGCACCAAUUGGUGGCAUGUUAUUCUCACUGGAGGAAGCGGCCAGCUUCUGGAAUCAGAAUCUCAUCUGGCGCACACUCAUUGCGUCUAUCAUCAGUUCAUUUACACUCAAUAUUGUGUUGUCUGCAUAUCAUGGUCUGAAGGACUUUACAUUCACGGGUCUCUUCAAUCUGGGCAAGUUUGAUCAGCCGCUUUCUUUUGAAUACUUUGAGCUGCCCAUCUUCAUGCUGUUUGGUGUGACGGGUGGCUUAUUGGGAGCCGCUUGGAACUAUUUGAACAUGCGCAUCAACAAGUUUCGCAAACGUUAUGUGCCCUGGAAGGUGGGCAAGGUGUGUGAGGCAAUACUCGUGUCAAUUGUGGGCGUCUCCAUGGCCGCUGGCAUGAUCUAUUUCAUCAAUGAUUGUCGACCUCUGGGCAAUGAUCCAACGAUACAUCCAGUGCAGCUGUUUUGCGAGGACAACGAAUACAAUGCCGUUGCCGCACUUUGGUUCCAAACACCUGAGGCAACGGUGCGAGCGCUUUUCCACGAUCCGCCAGGAUCACAUAAAAUUCUCACGCUCGCCAUGUUCACGUUGGUCUACUAUGUACUAUCGUGCGCCACCUUCGGCUUGAACGUUUCGCUAGGCGUGUUCAUACCCGUUGCGCUGGUGGGCGCCGCUUGGGGACGCCUCAUUGCAAUGCUGCUAUUCUAUCUAUUUCCCGCAGCACAAUUUCUGCAUCCCGGCAAGUAUGCACUUAUUGGCGCCGCUGCGAAUUUGGGCGGCGUUCUGCGCAUGACGAUCAGUUUAUCCGUCAUUCUUAUGGAGACAACGGGCGUUGAGACUUCGUUCUUCUUUCCAUUAAUAAUUGCUUUGAUUACCGCCAAAUGGAUAGGCGAUUCCUUCAACGAGGGUGUCUAUGACACUGUCAUCGAGGUGAACAAUGUGCCCAUGUUGUCCUGGGAACCAUUGCCCCAAUACAAGGGCCUGACAGCACACGCCAUAAUGAGCCAACCCGUCAUCUGCAUUAAGCGCGUAGACAGUGCCCAUUACAUCUACGACGUGCUGAGAAAAUGCCAGCACAAUGGCUUUCCAGUUGUGGAUAAUGUUGAGGGCGAUCGCCGCUCUAAGGGUCGCGUUUGUGGCAUUAUAUUGCGCUCCCAGCUGAUUGUCAUCCUGCUCAAGUCUCUUUACGUAGAAAACAAACACUUCUGGCUGCCAGAGACAACUAUUCAAACGUUUAGGGAUGUGUAUCCGCGCUAUCCUUCCAUUAAGAGCGUGCGACCGUUGGACAGAAAAAUCAAUUAUACGGUGGACCUUUCGUUGUUUAUGAAUCAUUCGCCCAUACGAGUAAAUGCGCAUGAUUGCGUACCUAAAAUAUUCAACAUAUUCCGUGCUCUGGGACUGCGUCAUAUGCUGGUCAUCAACAAUGAGAACCGCAUUGCCGGCAUCAUAACGCGGGCUGAUUUUAUUUACAAAUGAUGUCUGGAUAAGAAAUUGUUUCUUAUCUAUAUUAUUCGAAUACCCAAGAUCUAUAAUCGUUACUUUUAUAUAUGUAAAUUAUGUCAAAUACAGGAAAUUAUUUCUAAAGACAAUAUAUG